GUACACCAGACAUGAAACAUUUUGAGUUUGAUUAAUUUUGAUCUUAAUUGUCAAAAGAUACCAGCCAGAUAACCUUUAUAUUAAUAGUUGUGUUUAUCCGUCGCCGUCGUCUCAAAGAGCUAUGUUCGAAAUUACGGGGAAAAUCGCUUUGGUAACCGGUGGAGUCUCGGGAAUAGGAUUAGCAAUAUCCCAAGAACUGUUGAGGAAUGGAUUAAAGGCGAUCGUCUUGGUGGACGUAAACGAGGUUUUGGGGCAGAAGGUAUUGGGAGAAAUGAAGGAGGAGUUUGGCAGUGAUAAGGUACUGUUCUUGAAAGCCGAUGUUAGAGAAAAGGAGAGCCUUGAAGAAGCGUUCAAUUUUGCUGUUCAAAGUUUCCAGCACUUAGAUAUCGUUAUCAAUGCGGCGGGUAUACUAACAGAGAGGAAAAUUGAAAACACAAUCGCCACUAAUUUGAAUGGAACUAUUUAUGGAACCCUCUUAGCCUUUGAAGGGUACUUGCCAAAGUACAAAAAAGGAACCGAGGGUGUAAUUUUGAACAUUGCAUCAACGACUGGUUUGGAGCCCUUCGAUUGCGCACCCAUUUAUUCCUGCACUAAAUGGGGGGUCGUCGGCUUUACUCGUUGCCUUGGCACUGAAAGACAGUAUAAGAGAAAUAACAUAAAAGUUCUUGCACUAUGUCCUGGAUUUACUAAUACUCCUUCACUCCCUGUUGUGAAGGACAAGGAUGACUUUAUCAACUUCAAUUACCAAACAUUCUUUGAAUCUACAACGAAGUCUGUAAUUUUGCAACCGGCAAGUCACGUAGCAAAGGCGGCCAUGUGGGCUAUUUCUCAAGGUGAAAGUGGAUCAAUGUGGGUGGUUACAGAUAAUGAGCCAGUUUAUGAAGCUAAAUUUGAAGACCGAAAAUUAUUUCCAGUUUGAUACCAUUGUAACAUAAUUUAAAUAUAUUAUAGCAACGUGUAUUGACAGACAGAUCGACAUAUGUACGAGUGUUUUUUAUGUACCUACAGAAUAUUUAUAAUUUUA